AUCUGGACACAAAGUUGGAUUCCUGAUGUUGACUCUGGCCGAGGUUCCCUGCUUUCCCUGACCCGGUGAAUGGAGCGCUGUGACUCCGAGGAAAAGGCCCAGUAAUCGGUCACGGGACAGCCCUUCAUUCCCUUCUCUGUAGCGAGACCUGCUACUCUCAAUUUAAAGCUUUGCAAGUAGAAUUUGUAUGCAGCUAGGUCAGUAGUGUGUGCUUGAUACAUAUUAAGAGUUAGAUAUCGCCAUGUGGGUGCUGAAUAUAUUAUAUAUUGUGUUUUGAUUCAAUAAAACCUGAACAAAACCAGGCCAGAUCGUUUUAUUUAUUGCUCAUAACGGAAUAAGAAUAGAAACAGUUUGCUUUAAUUAAGCUAGUUUAGUAUGCGUCAUAGGUUUGUUACGGUUCUUGUGUUUUUUGUUUUUUUAAUGCAGAAUGUAUUAUUUCUCUGACCCUCACAUUUAGACCAAUUACCCUCCUGCUCUCUAUGAGCUUUUCUCUCCCUGAGUCAAGUGUUUUCUGAGGGGAAUGACUGCCUGCCACGUUUACAUUUUGUACAUUUGUCCAGUAGGUUCUCUCAGAAAUGCUUCAAGAUAUCACCCACAGCAAAUAAAUAGAUUUAUUUGUGCAUUUCAAAUUGCAGGUUCAUUUUUAUUAAUGAGAGAUAGUCUGUCACUUAAAUUGUGGAAGCUGACAUGAAACUCUCCUAUCUCCACCAUAACAACCUCCUUGACCCCCACCAGUCAGGCUUCAAAGUCAGGCCAUUCCACACAGACUGCUCUCCUUGCUGUCUCAGAGCAACUCCACAAUGCUAGAGCUCUCUCUCCUCUGUCUUCAUCCUUCUGGACCUUUCUGCUGCGUUUGACACAGUAAAGCACCAGAUCAUUUUCUCCUCCCUUCAGGAACUUGGUGUCUCAGGCUCUGCUCUCUCCCUUCUCUCAUCCUACACUGUAACACAUUUCCCCGUUAAUUUACAGUAAUCUACUGGCAGCCACAUUUCUUGUAUUUUACUGCAAUUCUACAGCAUACAUACUGUAAACAAAACGAGUACAGUCAUUGAAAAGUUCCCCAAAUAAAUUUGUUACAAAGUGUUUCUCAGCUGAACCAGAGGUUCGCUAAUCUAUAAAAGUGUUAGUGACUGAACUGUACAUAAUACAUUUAUUUUGAAGGAAGGAUUUCCAACCGGAAGCGAUACGAUUUAUUUCCUGGUUUACACACAUGCGCGAGGAGCUCCCCUGCUAGCAUAACAACCAAUUUAUUCCUCACUUAACGUUAUUUAUUCUACUCGCCAGGAUGCAGAUAUGCAGUGUAUGCAGUGAACCCACACCAAAAUACAAAUGUCCAGCAUGCAAAAUACGAUAUUGUUCACUUGGCUGUUAUAAGACACAUAAAGACACUUGCCUGCCUGUUGAGCGGCCUGCACCUAUUGAUCCUGAAGCAACGGAUUCUUUUAAUACUGAAACGUGGACUGUUGAGGAUCUUCUGCACGAAGAGGACAUCAUUGACAAAGUCCCUCUGCAGAGGCUUAAGCUGUUAGGUCAGUCAAAAGAGCUACGAGAUGUUCUUUGCAACCCCCACCUGAGAGAGUUACUUCGCUCCAUAGACGGUGCAGAUAGCAAAGCGGAUGCUAUGAAGGCGGCCAUGCAGGAGCCUCUGUUUGUGGAAUUUUCUGAUCGAUGUUUGAAAAUUGUUGAAAAUGAAGCCAAAUCUUGCAAUGAAGAUGAAGUUUUCUAAACUGCCAACAUUAGUUUUUUUUUUCUACCAGAUCCAUUUUGAUCAUCUUUUUGUAUAAAGUCUGAUUCAUUAGCAUGAAGUUUAGUUCCUGUAAUCUGUGACUGUGAUCCUGCCCUUUUUUUCAUGCUACAGUAUUCAAAUAAAUGCUGAAACCUUUUGAAAU